AUUGUACAUAUUGUACACUGUUUUACGCAGUGCGUUUAUACAUCAGCUGUCUGCCCAUUAAAUGCAGUAGUUUUGCAGAGUUAUACGAAUAGUAGUUAUAUAAGAUAACAAGAUCUAAACGAUCCAGCCCGUUUGUUAAAGGAAAUAUCCUAAAUCAGUUUUAAGAUAACGUUCAACUACUGCAAAAGACGAUUGUCUAUUUACCAAUCAUAUUUCAACGUUGCAUUUGGUCGUGAAUCAGAUUUCUUUAUAUUUUAACCAAUAACAUUGUUAUAGUAUUAUAGUAUUAUAAUACAAAAUUUGUGGUAUUUUAUACUGACAGAUGAAUGCUGUGUUAUGAUUCAUUUGAUUUUUAUGAAUGACAAGUGUUCGGUGCUGUCCAACAUUAAUUUUGAUAGAAAUUGUUGUCUUUUGUACAUGUCAAGUGUUAUAAAGAAAUUUACAUGACGUAAGGUAUUGCAAAUUUUUAUACUCAAAUGAUUUAAGAAAUAUCCUGUGAUAGUUACAUAAGUGACAGGAUGUCUGACAAGUUUGAAGUUGAUCCUUUCAGUGAAACACCUCUGGAAUUUCAAAAUUGCGAAGGAGUUACAGAAUCCAUCAGAGAAUUAAAUUCAAAAGAUGAUUCAUUGAAUGUAACAAAUGAAAUAACAUAUGCAGAACCUUUAACUGCAGAACAAAUACGGUGGUUUUAUAGAGAUGGUGUAGAUAAACGAUGGGUCGAAUUCUGUGGAUAUGAUAGCUUAAGAAUUGAAAAUGCUUGGCAAAAUUAUCAGAAUUUGCUUAGUAAAAAUAAUGAUAUAACUAACAAUCCACCCUCUAUUGAAAAAAUUGUAGUUAGAGGAGGAAUGUAUGAUGUGGAACUAGAUAAAAUGAAAUGUGUUUCAAUAUAUUGUCCAGGUGAAGAAUGGGAAAUUAUGAGAGGAACUUGGUAUUAUGAUGGCAGUUGGUUACCUUUAGAAGUGGAGCAAUCUAAAAUUAUAGAAGAAGUUCAUCUUAAUCUUUUUCAAAAACAAGAUUUUAAUCAAUCUACUUUGACAUGUGAUACAUCUUCUCAUUCCUACAAAAUAUUACAUACUGAACAUUUUCCUGAAUUUCAUGUUGAUUGGCAUAGUAUAAAUGAUGUGGUAUUAUAUAGCGAAUAUAGGCAUAGUAAAUUAAUGCGCAGUGUUACAUCAAAACUUGGCUUUGCAAAAACAACAGGUUAUCAAUUAAGAAGAGGAUAUAAAAAUGCUGCUGUAAAAGAAGAUAAACCUCAUGAUAUUGAUCACAUAAUAUUUGUAGUUCAUGGAAUUGGUCAAAAAGGAGAUACUGGAAAAAUUAUUCGUAAUACAACACUGUUUAGAGAUUGUGUAGAUUGGUUGAAACAAAAAUAUUUUCCUAAUUCUAAUUAUAGACUAGAAUUUUUUCCUGUUGAAUGGCGAUCAUCUUUAAAACUUGAUGGAGGUAUAGUAGAAGCUAUCACCCCUUUUAGUGUGGUAAGCAUACGACACUUAUUAAAUACAUCAGCAAUGGAUAUUCUCUACUAUACAAGUCCUCUUUAUGGAGGGGAAGUAAGAGCUGGAUUACAAAAAGAGUUAAAUAGAUUAUACUUUAUGUUUACUAGUCGUCAUCCUGGUUGGAAAGGGAAAGUUUCAAUUUUAGCACAUUCUUUGGGAUGUGUAAUUGUUUAUGACAUUGUCACAGGCUGGAUGGGUCCAGACACAAGACCGCCAUCCCCAGAAACAGAAGAAGUUUUAAAACAACGAUUGCAAUUCCCUAUUGAAAAUUUAUUUUGUUUGGGUUCUCCAUUAUCAGUAUUUCUUGUAUUACGUACACCUUCUCCAUCCAACAAAACAGAUGUGAUGCCUCAAGAUUUAUGCAAAAGAUUUUACAAUAUAUUUCAUUGGUCUGAUCCUGUAGCUUAUAGAAUGGAGCCACUUCUAGAGAGGGGAUAUAGCAAAAUUGAACCUGUUCUUAUUCCACCAUAUGGAGGAAUUGAUGAUCAACAAACAGAACAGUCACCUCAAACAAUGAGUAAUCCUGACCAAAAUUUUUCUCUCAUAGAUAAUGACGAGAAAGAAGAAAAUUCAGUAGAUAUGUCUAAUCGCACACCAGACAAAGGUUGGAGUCUUUGGGGUUUAGUCCGUGCUGGUUGGAAUGUUAAAAAAGGUGUUCCUACACCUAUUCAACCGGAUCAAGAAUUGACACAACGAUUGGAUUAUGUGCUUCGAGCAAGUUUAGGAAGAAAUUAUUUUUACACAUUAGCAGCACAUACAACAUAUUGGAGUAACUAUGAUGUAGCUUAUUUUGUGUUAACAAGACUUUUCCCAACAUUAGAAACAUGAUGUUGGUUUGUAUGCUUAGAAUGAAAUCAAUCAGAUUCUAUUAAUUUACUAGUCCAUUAUAGGUCUUUAAAAUUUAAUAUAUAUUGAAAAUAGGCCUACUACCAAAACAAUCUGUGAUAAUGAAAAAAACGAUACAAUAAUGUUAUAGAUUCUAUAUAGUUGUUUUAUAUCGCUCGCAUAAUUUAAGAUUAACAUGGUCGAGUUUCACAGUUAAAAAGCUAAAAUGCUAUUUUACGUAUUCUAUUAAAAAGUUGAUUUACAUGCAAUAUAUUACUGUAAUUAAUUAAGUAUUUAAAUAAUUUCGUUUAAUCAGUAAAUUCUUUAUCAUUCGAAAGAUAUAUAUAAUUUAGAUUUUAUAAUUUAUGUUGAAUGUAUAAAUAUUGUUUAUGUAAAAUGUUUAUUUAAAUUUAUAACUACAGUAUAUUUCCUGAAAAUUUAUAUUAUAUAAGAUGCCUUACAUUAUUAAAAACGUUAUCAUUUAUAUUUAUUUUCUAGUUUAAAAAGUCGUAUUAGAUUUUAAAACAGCAUUAAAAUAAUUGUGCUUUAAGCAAUGCCAAAAUUAUUGACGCCAUAAUUAAUUAUCAUAAUAAUUAGUAAUAAAAUUAGAAAUAUAUAUUGUAGUAAGAGUUUG